UACUUCUGCUGCUCACGAAGGUAACUUGACGGAUUAUAUUGCUUCUGGUGGCUCGGGUGUUCUGAUGGAGGAUGGCACGAUUGUGUUUUCUCUGAUGGCGAUGAAUGAAACAAAAGAGGUUGACGUUUACUCCAUGAUUAUUUACUCGAAGGACAACGGCAGUACCUGGGUGUUUCCAGAGGGCACUUCUCAUCCGAAAUGCGGUGCACCCCGCAUCACCGAGUGGGAGGGAUCACUUCUCAUGAUUGUUGAUUGCGAGAACGACCAGAGGGUGUACGAGUCGCGGGACAUGGGGACAACGUGGACGGAGGCCAUCGGGACACUCUCAGGCGUGUGGGUCAACUCACAAUUGGAAGACUAUCCGGAAGGAGGCUUGCAUGUGGAUGCCCUCAUCACCGCGACCAUUGGGAAAAGGAAGGUCAUGCUGUACACACAGAGAGGGUACGCCAUGGAGGAGGAGAAAGGGGCCAAUACGCUCUACCUUUGGGUCACGGACAACAGCCGCUCUUUUUUUGUUGGACCGGUUGGCAAGGACAAUGCUGGGGAGAAGGAGGUCGCCAGCACCCUGCUUUACUCGGAUGGCAAGUUGCAUCUUUUACAACGGAGGGGCAGUGGUGAAGGCAGUGCCAUUUCACUCUCCCGUCUGACGGAGGAACUGAAGAAAAUCGAGUCCGUCCUCAGCACUUGGUCGCAAAAGGACGUUUUCUUCUCCAGCUUUUCUAUACCCACGGCGGGUCUGGUGGCAGUUUUGUCAAACGCAUCGGCCAGCGAUGGCACGUGGAACGACGAGUACCUUUGCCUGAACGCGACGGUGAGGAACGCCACGAAGGUCAAGGAUGGGUUUCAGUUGACGGAGCCUGACUCCGGGGUAAUGUGGCCUGUGAACACUCGGGGUGAAAAUGUGCGUCAUGUAUCCUUGAGCCACAACUUCACACUUGUGGCGUCGGUGACAAUCGAAGAGGCUCCGAGUGAGAAAACUCUACUGGCUGCGGUGUUGGCGAAAACUGAGACCCCGUAUUUCAUGAGACUGUCGUACACCGCGGAUAACAAGUGGGAGACGAUGUUCGAAGGCGAGACAAAAAAAACAACGAAAAGCAGGUCUUGGGAGCCGAAGAAAGAACACCAAGUGGCACUCAUGCUGCAAGGCAACAAGGCCUCUGUGUACAUUGAUGGUGAGUCGCUGGGGGAGGAAGAAACGCCGUUAAAAGGUGAGACACCACUUGAGCUUUUUGGGUUUUGCUUUGGCGCGUGCGACCUUGGUGAUGAUGAUGAUGAUGGGGAUGAGGAGGAGGAUGCCAGUCAGGAGGCCAGUCCGAAGGAGGCCAGUCCGAAGAAGAUCGGCAAAAAACCUCGUGUGACGGUGACGAACGUCUUUCUGUACAACCGCCCACUGAAUCCCACUGAGAUGCGUGCAAUCAAGGACAGGAUCCCCGUUUCGACGAGAGCUCCAGAACCACAAGUGAAAAUUGCUCCCAAACCUGUCGCACCUGCUGCACCUGCGGUGCCUGGCCCACGGGAAGUACCAGCAGCACCGGGGAGGACAACUGUGGGGAGAACCGCCAAUACCCAGCAUGCGCCAGCGGAACGCUUGACUUCUGCUGGGAAUGAGGGGACGGCACGAGAAAAGGGUGAUGGUGGGGCAAAUGGUGAUGAUGGUUCCGCGUACGGGAGGGAACUGCUGCCGCUGCUGCUUCUGCUGGGACUGUGGGGCUUUGCGACUGCGUGA